AUGGCUUUAGCGGGAGAUCUCUUGCAGGCGCUGGCCGGUUGGUUUUUCAGAUCUAAUCUUUCCGGCGGUCUGAAAAGGGUAGACUCCGGCGAAAAGUCAACGGGCGUUGACGAUUUGCCUCCCAUUGUGCUGGUUCAUGGGAUUUUUGGAUUUGGGAAAGGGAUACCAUUGCUUCUAUUUGUUGAAAAUCUUUCAGGCAUUUCGUCGAACAGGCAUUAUCCCGAAUAUUCGGGACGACGAUCACACUUUGUUGGUCAUUCGGCCGGUGCACAGGUAAUUCGGGUCUUGCAGCAAAUGCUUGCUGAUAAGGCUUUCGAUGGAUACGAAAACACCUCGCCUAACUGGGUCUUGAGCAUAACCUCAUUGUCCGGUGCAUUCAACGGCACCACAAGAAUCUAUUUGGAUGGCAUGCAACCCGAUAACGGAAAAUCAGUGAAGCCCGCUAGUCUUCUCCAACUGUGCCGCCUUGGAGUUAUCUCUACGAUUGGUUCGACACUUUACUACAAUUUCAAAUUCGACCAUUUCAACUUGUCACAAAGGAAAACCGGCAUCUGGGGCCUCGUGUGCCUCCUGGGCAAAACCGGCCCCUGUGCAUCUGGCGAUUGGAUCCUUCCGGACCUUACGAUCCAAGGUUCCAUUCGGCUAAAUGCGCACAUAUAG